UGGACAUUAGUAUUUUGUAAUCCAUGAUUGAGUUCCCCUUUCRAAAACAACACAACUUUUGGGGCUAAAAAACAUACGAAUUAUCCACAAUGGAUCCUCUAGGAGCAAGUUCAAGCGUCGUAGAUAUCACAUCACUUCCUAAAUGGUCGUCCACACCGGUGCCAUUGUAUCCUAACGCAGUGCAAGACGAGCAAAACUCUUUCCUACCAACACCAUUUCCUGUCCGUAAAGACGUCAAUGAUAGGGUCACUCUAUGGUGUGGUGACAUCACUAGCCUUAGAGCAACAGCUAUCGUAAAUACCACCAACGAAAGCUUGAGUGACAAAGGGGAGCUGAGUCAAAGAAUCCACAGCGCUGCUGGGCCAGAACUGCUUAUAGAAUGCCGACAGCAAUUAAUAGGUUGUAGAACUGGUGAAGCUAAAAUGUCUGAAGGUUACAACUUACCCGCAAGAUAUGUGAUUCAUACUGUUGGCCCUCGAUACAAUACUAAGUACAAGACAGCAGCUGAGAGUGCAUUGUUUUCAUGUUAUCGUAAUGUUAUGAGGAUUGUAAGGGAGAACAAGCUUGAGACUCUGGGUCUUUGUGUUAUUAACACUCCUAAAAGAGGAUACCCACCUGAAGAUGGUGCACAUAUAGCAUUACGAACUGUUCGUCGAUUUUUAGAGAAGUACACAGAGACGGUUGAAAAAGUUGCAUUUGUAGUGGAGGGAGCCGAAGAGACUAUUUAUAGGAAAAUUAUGCCGAUAUAUUUUCCAAGAAAUAAGAAUGAAGAAGACUAUGUACUGAAGAUAAUGCCUAAAGAUAUUGGUAACGAAGAGGGAGAACCUAUUAUCCCAGAGCGACAGAUCAGAAUCAGCGACACUCUAGCCUCAACAGACAGGGAUGAUGAUGAUGAAAUUGAACAAGCAGAGGACAUGUUAGAUAUUCAAGAAAUGCAUGUUGGGCAGCAUGCGUUUGCAGCGAUGCAGGGUGACCAUGAUCAAAUGUCUCGACAAAGAGCACAUAGAUCGCCAGAAGAGAUGCAUGUAGCUGAGCGACAAAGAAUAUAUCAAAGAUGGCUUCGCAGAGCUCAUACUGAAGACUUCUCUGCAUUCAGACAGCAAAAGAUGCUCUAUCAAUCAGGCGUUGAUUUUCUUGGACGGCCUGUUGUGGUUUUUGUGGCACGGCAUUUUAAUGCUCAGUCAUCUGAUCUAAGCAAGGCUGUUGCAUAUUUUGUUAAUGUUCUGGACAAAAUAGUGAAUAGAGAGUAUGUUGUGGUAUAUUUCCACACACACAGUGCCGUAGAAAACCAGCCGCCACUGUCAUUCCUGAAGGAUCUGUAUCACAUAGUUGAUCACAAGUAUCGGCGUCACCUCAAAGCAUUUUACAUUGUCCAUCCAACACUUUGGGCCAGGGUGGUGACGUGGUUCUUUACUACCUUCACGGCAUCAAGUAUUAAAGAUAAAGUUCAUUUUAUUUCUGGGAUACAGUAUCUGUACGACUGGAUUAAUCCUGAUCAACUGGAUGUACCUGCUUUCGUACUGGAACAUGACAUGAAGGAAAAUGGAACAAAUUAUCACACCCCGACAUCAAGUUACCAUACAGGAAGUCUUUAAUUUUUAAGAUCCUUAUAAAAUUUCUCCUAAUUUUCUGAAUCCAUGUGACACUUCUAACUAUUAAAGUUUUACAUUGUGUAGAACUGCAGAAAUUAUCCAUACCCACCCCCCCCAACAGAGGAAUUUGGAAUUUGUGAGGGGUCGGGGACUGGUUGUCAAAGAAAGAACAAUAUUACAGAGUUUGUAUGGAAGAAAAUUGGAAUUUGCAGGGGUGGGGGCUAUUUAAAAAAGUUCCUCUUUGGGGUGUAUGGCUUAUUAUUUCUGGAACUACACGUUCUUUAGAAAAUGUCAUGAUUACGAAACAAAUUCAAAUCAAAUGAUAAGUUUUCAAAAUUAGUAAAAUGGAAAAAAUGUAUGAAUUAAACAAUAUUUGGCUACUAAUACCUGCAAUAAUGCUUAAGCAACAUCAUCGUUAGGUUGCGUGAUUGAGGUGCUGUUACUCAGGGAAAGUUAGAAAUGAAGCUUGUGUUGAAUGAGACAACUUUCACGACGCACCAGUUUUGCAUUCAAUGUUUUGGAAGACCAAUUUGCACAGGCUUAGCCUCAUUUAUAUAUCAGCUAUUCACAGGUACCAUUUAAUGUCUGUUGCAUUUCAAACCAUUGGUAUUGUUCAAGCUGCACAUUCUUUACAUUACAGAUGACUUUUGCAAAAUUUGCAAAUGAUUUGCUCUUAAGCGAAGCUAAGCCUGCGCAGAUGAGUCUUUAGUCAUAAAACACAGUGAUAUUUACUGAAUGAGAAAAGGGACAAUAAUAAGCAGCAAGCAACCAGCUCCUCAUCUUUUUUACCAAGAAAGUUUCACAAUAUUACAAGUAUUUAUGCUACUUGUUUUACAGUCACCAUGGAUCUUUAUCACACAUCAGCCAUGUUGACAGUAGAUGUCCCCCACACAGCCUCGUAUUUAAGCCCUUUAGGAUAAGAUCAUGUGGGGUUAAGCAAAGUUUCUAUUUUCAUAGCCAUGGGGAUAAACAUAGURCCAUUGCACACAAGUUUUAGCUUAGUAUUUCACUGCGUUUAUGUUCUAGUUUUCAAGGUUAAAUGAAAGUGGUGUGGAAAUGAUGUACUGGAAGUGAUGUACUGUACUUGUAAUUUUUUUCUCCAUUGACAUUUUUCUUGAAGUUAUUUUUACAUCCAAUGUGAACACGAUGGACCAACGAAAUUGGAAAAUGAGAGUUGAAGUUCUCAUACAGCGAUUAUUAUUUUUGGAAAGAAAUAAGCCUUCGAAGUUUUUUGUGGCGUUUUUUUCAUCAAUCACAAUAAUGACUAGCCUCCUUCGCAGCUGUUCUUAGGGUCGUCAUGCAACGUUCUUUUUGUGGGAAGGGAAACGUUGCGUGAAGACCCUAAGAAUGGCUGCAAAGGAGGCUAAAUAAUGACUGACAUAAUUUAAAAUAACCUUCUGUAAAUUUUUUUACAAAUAAGCAAAAUGAUAGAGCUAAAUUUCGUUAUAGAAUAUAAAAUCAGAAUUAGAUGAAUCAUGUAUACCCAUAUUUAAACGGCAAACUGAAAUUCUCAAUAUUAAUCAAUUGAGUCCUGCUGUUGUACUGUUGUAUUUUAUUGUAGUUCUAAGCUUUGGCUGUCUACAGGUAUCGUCCGGGUGACAAUGAUAAAAUGUUUAUACCGCACCAGAAAAAA